GAUUCAGCAGAGUCCACUGGGCACGGGAAUCCCAGUUCGCCUGGCUGGACAAAAAGGUACGGGUCGGCCGUGCCCCGCCAGACAGAACUCAUUGCGUGGACAUGCAAAGCGCACUAGAGAAAUUGGUCUGGUGUUAUGCAGAUAAGUUGGGAGACAAGGUCAUUGACCCUUCGCUUGGUACAAGUUUCGACUCCCUGAGUGAAGCCUACGAUUUUUAUAACCUGUACUCCUGGGAGCAUGGCUUUGGGAUCAGAUAUGGAAAGAGCCGGUUAAACGCAGAGAAAACAAAAAUGCAUGCUAGAAAUCGUCUGCGGUUCCUAGGGGAAGCCCACUGCGGAGAAUACAAGGUCCUGUCGGUGUGAAUGCCCUGCCAUGAUCCGACUGCUGAGGUCCGUAGAUAAUGGUUGGCACAUUACAGAGCACCGGGUCACUCAUAACCUUUUGCUGACUGAGAGGUGAACAUAGACAUGUUCACAAAGGACUUGGUGAAACAGCUAAGAGCCAACAAUUAUUAAUAUUGGCAAGGUUUACAGCAUCAUUGGUAGCUUCUUUGGAAGCGUUGACAACCUACCGUUGCGAUCACUUCGUAAUUUGUGUAGCCAGCUUAGUCGAGAAGAGGCCGAUGAUGAUGUAAGAAAAACAAUUGAUGUUUUUUACCAGAUAGGUGCGAAGGACCCAGAUUUUGUGUUGAGAGUCCAGGCUGACACGGAUACCAGGAUCAAGAACCUCAGGGCGGCUGCAAUAUAAUAUUUUGGUGAUGUCGUAACAUUUGACACGACAUAUAAAACCAACCGACCAGUGUCGAGCAAUGGAGGUAGCCAUAAAGAAAGUCAUGCCGAAGAAAGCGAAGAAAUCGCAUCAUUGGUGCAAAUGGCACAUGCUGAAGAAAGCGAAGGAGUGCCUGGGGCCAUUAUUCACGAGGUGGCAUGCGUUUCGAGCAGAAUUCCACAAAGUGGUAAAUGAAAUGUUGACGGUGGAUGAGUUCGAGCAAGCUUGGGACUUGAUGCUCGAGAAGUACUAGCUUAGGUCACAUCCCUACAUGACACAAUUAUAUGAGAUCAGAGAGAUAUGGGCUAAGUCUUAUUUCAAAGUGGUUUUCUGUGCAAAAAUGACUAGCACGCAAUGAAGCGAGAGUGCGAACAGUAUGCUUAAGAAGUACAUACCCAAAGGUUGUUCGAUGCACAUGUUUGUCCGUCAGUACAUGAGGUUGCUAUAUGACCGUGAAGCAGAUGAAAGCUACGAAGAGAAGCGUACACAAGUUCGGGUCUGUCGUGCGAUAUAAUUUUACAAUUGAAAGACAUGCCAGUAAGGUGUACACGAGAUCAAUGUUCGAGCAAUUUGGGAAGAUGAUCUUCAAAGCAUGCGCAUACAAGGUGGAGGAGGUGGAGAAGAACAGACUUUACAGAACCACACACACAGAUGCCUCCAGGCGGGAAAAGUGGAGCAGAGUAUUUGAUGUGAAUAUACUAGAUGAGGGGGAGCAGUUCGAUUGUGAGUGCGGAAUGUUUGCACCCAUGGGGAUGCUUUGUGGGCAUGCUCUGAAGGUGAUGGAUUAUGUUGGAGCAACUGAGAUAUUUAAAAAGCAUAUCCUGAAGCGGUGGACGAGAGAUGCAAGGGGUGUGCUUCCGGAACACAUGCGGCACUACCAGCGUGACCAGGCAGCAGGGAAAAAUUUCACAAAGAGGCAUUCCAUUCUAUACAUACAAGCAAUGGAACUUGUUAGGCAGGAGAUACAAGUGCCACAGCUUAUGACAAGUUAGCAUGCCUGUCCAAGGAGAUCCUUUUCUACCAUGGCUUUCGAAGAAACAAGGGAUGGCCUUGGCUUGGAGGACAGACCAUCAUGGGUGGGCCUAUGUGUAUUUUUGGGUAUUCAGGUGAAUACCCAAAUUUUGUAUUAAACUUUUCAAAUUAUAUUAUACAACUAUCAAUUAUUAUCUACAUUGUAUAAAAUGCAAUCCAAGUAUUGACACAAGCAUUUGGUU